GGAGAUCUGACUUGGUAGUUCAGUACGAGACACGAAGCUGAGGGUGUAGAGAAGCUGCUGCAUCUGGAGAACCGAGUUUAAGGGCUUUUUCCCUCACUGUGUGGAGUCUUUCCACAAUGUCGUCCCUGGACUUGCUCAUAUUCGUCCACGCUGAGGAUUUUUACCUUACUUAGGAGAGUAUACAUGAUAUCACGCCAAAAAAGAAUUGGAGUCUAAGCCACUUUGGUCCACCAGUGCCCCUCAGUGGACUGUGGCUGCACAGGUUGUGGAUUGUAAAACCUUUCAGGCGCAGCGGGACCAUGGCUGACUCAAAGGAGUUGGACCUGAUAACCAAGCACUACAACUUCACAGGGAAAUUCCGCAAAACGGACAAGGAGUCUGGGCUCAAGGCCGACUCUGUGGUGUUCAUCAUCGUAUGCUGCUUCAUCAUUAUGGAGAACGUGCUGGUUCUCCUCACCAUUUGGAAGACCAAGAAGUUCCACAAGCCCAUGUACUACUUCAUUGGGAACUUGGCCCUGUCAGACUUGCUGGCGGGCGUGGUGUACACCGCCAACAUCUUGCUCUCGGGAGCCAACACAUACAGACUGAGCCCGACGCAGUGGUUCUUCCGGGAGGGCAGCAUGUUCGUUGCCCUGGCCGCUUCGGUCUUCAGCUUGUUGGCCAUUGCCAUUGAGCGUCACCUCACCAUGCUGAAGAUGAAGCUCCACAACAACGGGAACACGUGGCGCGUCUUCAUGCUGAUCAGCACGGUGUGGUUCAUCGCCGCUAUUUUAGGCGGCCUGCCCAUCAUGGGCUGGAACUGCAUCGAGAGCAUGAAGAACUGCUCCACGGUGCUGCCGCUCUACCACAAGACCUAUAUCCUCUUCUGCACCACCGUCUUCAGCGUCAUCCUCAUGGCCAUCGUGGUGCUCUACGCCCGCAUCUACACCCUGGUGCGCACGCGCAGCCGCAAGCUGGUCUUCCGCAAGGUCUCCAACGGCCGCGGCGCCAACAAGAGCUCGGAGAAGUCCAUGGCCCUGCUCAAGACCGUCAUCAUCGUGCUGAGCUGCUUCAUCGCCUGCUGGGCGCCGCUCUUCAUCCUCCUGCUGUUGGACGUGGCCUGUGAGAUCCGCGCCUGCCACAUCCUCUACAAGGCCGAGUGGUUCCUGGCCCUGGCCGUCCUCAACUCGGCUAUGAACCCGCUCAUCUACACGCUCACCAGCAACGAGAUGCGCCGCGCCUUCAUCAAGAUGCUGCUGUGCAGCAAGGUGUGCAGCCAGCCUUCCGGGAAGUUCUCCAGGCCCAUCAUGGGGGCGGAGUUCAGCCGUAGCAAGUCGGACAACUCCUCGCACCCUAACAAGGACGAGCCCGAAUACUCACCCAGGGAGACCAUUGUGUCCUCGGGGAACAUCACCUCCUCUUCUUAAAUCGAGGAUGUCCAGUUUGAGUCCUGGAGGCUCCGUUCACAUUACAGGCCUUAUCAAUCCAGAUUUUUUGCUUUGCCUACUUCUGAUCUGGGCAUUCUCAUUACGGACACACGGCCAUGCGUUGAAUAUGCAUGUUGGACCACCUAUAAAAGUGGUUUAAAUCUGAUGUCUGUGUUCACACUACCCAAAAAAAAACACAUUUAGGCAAAAAACCUGAUUUGCGCCAUUGCAAUGUGAACACAGCCUUAGCCCUGCGCAAUUUGGUGAUCCCUGUCGAAACACAUCUGCUAAAGCAGGGAAAUCAUUAAACUGUGCUGGACUCCGAGCCUCCAGAACCAGAAUUAGACACCCUGUCUUAAAGGGACUGUACAUUUCUCCCCAUCCUAUGUAGUGAAUGUGUAUGUGAAGUGUGGAUAUCUGUCUGUUAGCAUGUACAGUGUGUGUACGGGUGGGCUGGAUUAGUGCUUGAACCGUUUCUACGCCUUUUAACUUGUGUGAAAAUGCCACCUGAAAAGGGCUAAACUGGGAGAAACUGAGACUAAAUGACAAAAAUCCAGGAGCCCUUGCGUGGACUGGAAAGUGCUGCUCGUUUUUAAGACUCUUUUUUUUUUGCCACUUCUGAAGGACGUCCAGCACUGAACCUCCGUCUUCCUCCGAUUCCACAACGAAAAAUAGGGAAGCACUUAACAAACUGAGCUGCGUAAACUUGAUUAAUCAGUAUUACCCAUCG